UUCCGAGUUCCGACUGAUCAAAUAUAUUGCAUUUCCGUUUACCGGUAAUGGCUAUACGAGUUUCUUGUUCCAUUGGAUCACUACUCAUUUUUACUUUCUUCUUUGUUGGAUUAUGUCCAUCGCUUCUUGCUGAAGCUGCUCUGAAGAAGUACCAAUUCGAUGUUCAAGUCAAGAAUGUAAGUCGGUUAUGCAAUGCCAAGCCCAUUAUCACAGUAAAUGCGAUGUUCCCGGGACCUACCAUCUAUGUCAGAGAAGGAGAUCAACUUCAGAUUAACGUCACAAAUUACGCACAGUAUAAUAUGUCCAUUCAUUGGCACGGACUAAAGCAAUUUCGCAACGGUUGGGCAGAUGGACCAGCUUAUAUAACACAAUGUCCCAUCCAAACUGGACAUAACUAUGUUUACGAUAUUAACGUGAAAGGGCAGAGAGGAACCUUAUGGUGGCACGCACAUAUCCUAUGGCUAAGGGCAACAGUUUAUGGUGCAAUUGUCAUCAUGCCUGAGGAAGGAACUCCAUUUCCAUUCCAUCAACCUUUCCAAGAAGCUAAUUUAGUCUUAGGAGAAUGGUGGAACAAAGACAUCGAAACAUCUGUAAAUCAAGCGAACAAGUUAGGUUUGCCUCCACCGAUGUCAGAUGCUCACACUAUCAACGGAAAACCAGGACCUCUCUUCCCCUGCUCGGAAAAACAUACAUACGCCCUGGAAGUUAUGCCUGGUAAAACUUAUCUCUUGAGGAUCGUCAAUGCUGCACUCAAUGACGAUCUUUUCUUCGCUAUUGCUGGUCAUAACAUGACAGUAGUAGAGAUCGACGCUGUUUACACCAAGCCAUUUCCAACUCAAGCUUUACAGAUUGCACCCGGACAAACCACAAAUGUUCUCGUUCAAAUGGAUCAAAUUCCAGGCAGAUAUUUCAUGGCUGUAAGACCUUUUAUGGAUGCUCCAGUUCCAGUAGACAAUCAAACAGCUACAGCGAUUUUACAAUACAAAGGAGUUCCAGACAUAAUUAUCCCGAUUUUACCUCAAUUACCUGCACCAAAUGACACCAGUUUUGCAUUAAACUAUAACCAAAAACUUCGAAGCCUAAACACCCGACAAUUUCCCGCAAAUGUACCUACAAAAAUUGAUAGAAAUCUCUUUGUUACGAUCGGUCUAGGAGUGAACUCAUGCCCUAGUUGUCAAAAUGGAACUCAAUUUACAGCUUCACUAAACAAUAUCACAUUCGUGAUGCCUCGCAUCGGACUCCUUCAAGCUCAUUAUUUCAACACUAAAGGGGUUUUCGAAACCGAUUUUCCAGAUAAACCUAUCAAAGCAUUUGAUUAUACGAACGCGCCACUUACGGCUAACCUGGGUACAUCUUUAGGAACUAGACUUAGUAGGAUACCUUUUAAUUCUAGCGUUGAAAUAGUUCUACAAGAUACUAAUCUUCUCACCGUUGAAUCUCAUCCAUUUCAUCUUCAUGGUUAUAAUUUCUUCGUCGUUGGAAGUGGAAUCGGUAAUUUUGAUCCUUUGAAAGACCCUGCCGGAUAUAACUUGGUUGAUCCUCCUGAAAGAAAUACAGUUGGUGUUCCUACAGGUGGUUGGACUGCUAUUAGGUUUAGAGCUGAUAAUCCAGGUGUUUGGUUCAUGCAUUGUCAUCUUGAGGUUCAUACUAUGUGGGGAUUGAAGAUAGCUUUUGUGGUUGAGAAUGGAAAAUCUCGUGAUCAAUCUGUUUUGCCACCUCCAAAAGACCUUCCUUCUUGUUAAUCACAUGAUUAAUCUUGGCUCAAAUCUGGUUUCUUAAUUGUUUGAGUUUCAACAACAAAUGCAAGCAGUUCUUUUGUCUUGGAGAGUUAUUCGACUGUCAGUUUUCUCUCCAUAUGUCACCACUAUGAACCAUCUCCGCAGGUCCCUAUGUAGUAUCUAGUAACCGGGUUUCAUUUGGAACUAAAAGGUGAUCAAAAGGGGAUUUGUGCCAUCGUGUGUACAUGGUUCAUAAUUCAGAUUGUUUUGAGGUCCCAAAUAGCGCCUCAACAUGCAAUAAGAAAUGGUUACUGAAAAGAAAUAUUUGUAUCAGUGACAGUUUAGUUUUCUGAAAUGACAUUCAAAUUCCUGAAC